AUGAGGAUUUUCAGGGCAGCUGCGUCUGUAUGUCUCCGGCGCCAAAAUUCCUAAAACCCUAAACCCUGUUUUACUCUUCAGUCUUCACAUAUUACAUUAUACACCAUAUCUUGAGCUCUGCCGCUGAUAACUUAACGAUGAAAUCACUAAUCUUUCCAACAAGAACAGCCGCGAUCUUAAUUCCAAAUCUUGUUUUUAAUCCGUCUAACUCGCUUUCUUCAAUUUCUAAUUUCUUACCUGUUAGAAACCCUAAUUAUCUCCCUCACCUACGUCGUCUUAGAUUAUCCUCAUCUUAUUCUUCGCCAAUCACCGAAGAAAACGGCCAUUGCCACCAAACUGAGGGUGAAAUUCACGUAAUUGUGGGCCCUAUGUUCGCUGGAAAAACCACCACUUUGCUUCGCCGGAUUAAAUCUGAAAGCUCUAACGGCAGAUUUCAGGAUAGGGUCUCAAAGCGCUUCCUCAACAUGGAUGAAACAUUGAAGAAUCUAUGUUUUUCAGGAAGAUUAGCAGAAGCAGUUGGAUUACUUUGCCAUACAGGACACCAAGUUGACUCAGAGACUUACUCCCUUCUUUUGCAAGAUUGCAUAUUCAAAAAAGAUUAUCAGUUUGGUAAAAGAAUCCAUUCACAAAUGAUUAUGUCUGGUUUUGUUCCCAAUGAGUACCUAAACAUCAAGUUGCUUAUAUUAUAUGCAAAAUCAGGUGAUCUAGUCACUGCCCACAUUCUUUUCAAGAAAUUACUCAUCCCAAAUGUGAUUUCAUGGAACGCCAUGAUUUCAGGGUAUGUCCAAAAGGGUCUUGAAGAACAAGGCUUGAAUCUUUAUUACAAAAUGAGACAAAAUGGUUUAACACCUGACCAGUUUACUUUUUCUUCAGUUUUUAGGGCAUGUGCCACCCUGGCAACACUAGAACAGGGUAAAAGAGCACAUGGGGUUAUGAUCAAGACCCAAAUAAAUGGAAAUCUUGUAGUCAAUAGUGCCCUAAUCGAUAUGUAUUUCAAGUGCAGCUGUCCAUAUGAUGGACAUUUAGUAUUCAACAAGGCCUCAGAUAAAAACAUUGUUACAUGGACUUCCUUAAUAUCUGGAUAUGGACAACAUGGAAGGGUAAAAGAGGUAUUAGAUGCUUUCCAUAGAAUGAUAAACGAAGGAUUUAGACCAAAUAGUGUUACUUUUCUUGUAGUUCUUUCCGCUUGUAGCCAUGGAGGUUUGGUAAAAGAGGGCUGGGAGUAUUUUCAAUCAAUGAGAAGAAAUUACAGGAUUACCCCUGGGGAAAAGCAUUAUGCAGCAAUGGUGGACAUUUUAGGGAGAUCAGGAAGGUUAGAUGAAGCUUUUGAGUUUGUAAAAAGUGCACCUUGUAAAAACCACCCAGUGAUAUGGGGUGCACUUAUUCAAGCUUGUAAGGUAUAUGGAAACAUGGAUAUGGUCAAAAUUGCAGCAAAAAAGUAUUUUGAAUUGGAAAGUGAUAAUGUUGGUAAAUAUGUUGUUUUAUCUAAUGCUUAUGCUACUUUUAGUCAGUGGGAUAAUGUUGCUGAGAUUAGGAGUGGAUUGAAGGAAUUGGGGAUGAAAAAGGAACCUGGUUAUAGCAUGAUUGAGAUUCUAUUUCUAGCUACUUUUUCUGAUCAAAAGGGUUAUUCUUCCAGCAACAUCAUACUUUUUUAUGAUAAGAUAAAUUUUUUAAAUGCAGUUGUUAUAAAGUCUAGUAAGGAUACAAGAUAUGGAUUGGAUUCAAUUGUGACACAUGAUGGGGAGAAGCUUUCAUGUUGGCCACUUGAAGCUUUAUCAUCAUUCAAAGAAAGAAUUGGUCUUGAAGCUUAUCAUAAGCUAGAGGUGAUUGGAAUUGAUGAAGCUCAGUUUUUUGAAGACUUGUAUGAUUUCUGCAUUAAAGCUGCUGACCAUGAUGGCAAAACUGUAAUUGUUGCUGGCUUGGAUGGUGAUUAUUUGCGAAGGAGCUUUGGGGUGCUUGAUAUAAUACCAAUUGCAGAUUCUGUAACGAAAUUAAAGGCACGAUGUGAGGUGUGUGGGAAGCCUGCUUUUUUUACUUUAAGGAAAACAGAGGAGACAGAGAGAGAACUAGUGGCUGGUGCUGACGUGUACAUGCCUGUUUGUAGAAACCAUUAUGUGACUGGUCAAAAGGUCAAACAGGCUGCAAGAAAUGUUCUGGAAACACACAACCUUCAAUGUGGCUCAUUCUUAUAGUCAAUUUACUCAUUCGUUCGUGGAAUAUCUGUACAUGCCUGUUUGUAGAAACCAUUUCGUGACAUUCAACCCUUAUAUAUUGUAUUGUAUAAAAACUUAUGUUUUACUA